UACCGAGCAGCCAACACACUCACACGAGCACCCGCAGCCACAGUCACGUUCCCAUCUCCCGCCUCCCACUGACUGAUUCAGCACCGCGCAUGCGCACAGUGACAACUUUACAGUCUUUCAAAGAAAAAUUAUCUCCUGUUUUUAUUAUAAUCAGUAACUGAGAAUUAUUUUUAAUAAAUCUUCAAAUUACAUAGUUUAUUUUGUAUUUCUUAAAGUAAUUUCUGAUACAAAAUGAAGUUCGGAAAGAGUGAGAAUAUGUAUCGGGAAUUGCUGGAACGUAGUGGGAUGCAGAACAGACAGUCUGACAAAAUGGCUUCGAGGGAUAGUACGACCGCGUUCUCCGACGACCAAUUGGAAGAAUUGUGUGAAACAUUUAAUACGAUUGAUCGAGAUGGCAACGGCUUCAUCGACAUGUCAGAGCUCAAAUCUGCGCUGGAGAUUGUGGGCUUCAAGCUUCCUCAGUGGCAAGUGCGUAAGAUGAUUGAAGACUGGGACAAGGACACCAACGGCCCAGGCAAAGGGAAGCUCAGUUUUGAUGAGUUCCAGAAUAUGUGUGCUGGUUUGAAGGCUCAGGAUAUUGCAAGUUCAUUUAAAAAGAUGGUUAACAAACGUGAGAACCUGGAGACCCUCGGGGGCAUGUCGACGGCGUCCUCAGAGGGCACAACACACUCUGUACGCCUAGAGGAACAGCUCGCCUUCUCCGACUGGAUUAAUUCCAACCUUGGCCACGAUCCACACCUGAAGCACCUGUUGCCCAUUGACGGAGAGGGACGUUACCUCUAUGAUAAGGUCAAGGAUGGCAUUCUUCUCUGUAAAGUCAUCAAUCACUCUUGCCCAGACACCAUUGACGAGAGAGCCAUCAACACCCGCAACUUGACCCUUUACACGAAACACGAGAACCUGACACUGGCUCUCAGCUCUGCUCAAGCUAUUGGUUGCAAUGUUGUCAAUAUUGAUGCUCAUGACUUGGCUAAAGGUAAACCCCAUCUUGUGCUGGGUUUACUGUGGCAGAUCAUCCGCAUUGGUCUGUUCAACCAGAUCACCCUGGAGCACUGCCCAGGUCUGGCCAACCUUCUGGAGGACGGUGAAAAGAUUGAGGAGUUGAUGAAGCUUUCUCCCGAGGCCAUUCUGCUUCGGUGGGUCAAUCAUCAUCUGGAGCGUGCUGGCGUCAACAGACGCUGCACAAACUUCAUGAGCGACAUCAAGGACUCCGAAAUCUACUCUCACCUCCUGAAGCAGAUCUCACCCAACGAUGCUGGCGUGACGCUGGAGGCUCUGUCUGAGCAAGACUUGGUGGACAGAGCAGAGAUCAUGUUACAGCAGGCAGAGAAGUUGGGUUGUCGCAGCUUCCUCACCCCUCAGGACGUGGUGGAGGGAGUGUACAAGCUUAACGUGGCCUUUGUUGCCAAUCUCUUCAACAACCACCCUGGCCUGGAUAAACCUGAGAACAUUGACUUUGAAGGACUUGACCACAUUGAGGAGACGAGGGAGGAGAAAACUUACCGCAACUGGAUGAACAGUAUGGGCGUCAACCCACACGUUAACUGGCUGUACUCUGACCUUGCUGACGGUAUCAUCAUCUUCCAGCUAUAUGACAUUAUCAGACCAGGUGUUGUUGACUGGAAACGCGUCCACAGUAAAUUCAGCAAGCUUAAGAAGUUCAUGGAGAAGCUUGAAAACUGUAAUUAUGCUGUUGAGCUUGGCAAACAGCUGAAGUUCAGUCUUGUUGGUAUCGCUGGACAAGAUUUGGCUGAUGGUAACCCAACUCUUACUUUAGCCCUGAUCUGGCAGUUGAUGAGAGCGUACACUUUGUCCAUCUUGACCCAGCUGGCUGAUUCUGGCAGCCCCAUUGUGGAGGCAGAGAUCAUCACUUGGGUCAACACCAAACUAAGUGAAGCUGGUAAAAAGUCCAGCAUCAGGUCCUUCCAGGACUCUAGUCUUAAAAAUGCCCUUGCUGUUAUUGACCUUGUUGAUGCCAUCAAGCCUGGCACCGUCAAUUAUGAUGUUAUGAAGAUAACAGGAGAAGAGGAGGAUAAUGUGGCCAAUGCUAAGUAUGCAAUUUCAAUGGCACGCAAGAUUGGUGCACGCAUCUACGCCUUGCCCGAAGACAUCACGGAAGUCAAACCCAAGAUGAUUAUGACAGUGUUUGCUUGUCUUAUGGCACGAGACUACAUACCUAAUAUGGAUACCAAAAAGAACUAAAAAUAAGUGAACAAAGAAUAGAAUGUUUGAUGUAUAUGUUGUGUGAAUGUUUCUUGAUAAUGUAUAGACUUUUUAUAAAAUUUUUCAUCAAGCUUUGCUAUAGCAGUGUUUCAUGGCUUUUGAUGUGGAGAACUUAGCUUAGGGCCCAUAUUCAGGACACAUGCCUAAAUGAAGCAAUGUACACUGUGUUCUGCUGUGCCAACUAUUUGCUCCUACAAUAAUAACCUUUGCUUUUUGUCUACUUAAUGCAAAAAUUAUGCUCAUAAAAGAGUACUAUAAUUGCAUGAUAACUGAAUAUAGAGAACUGCUGGCAUAUGUUCUUGGCACUAGUGAGGGAAACAUUGUCUCCUGAGUAUUGCUUGAUGUAAGCACUCUGAAUAUGGGUAUACGAUGCCAUUUUUCAAAAAAAUUUUGGACAUUUAUAAAACUGACAUUAUUUCCAAAGUUGCUAGAAUAAUCGAUGAUAAAAUUUAGAGUUAAUAAAUGUAUUGGUAAUAAAGUUUAAGGAAUUUUGGUACACAGUUGAUUACAAGGUUUAUUAUUAAUGGUUCUGUUAAAUGAUUAAGACAACAGUAUUGGAAACACUUGCUGAAAUUUAUUAAUCCACUGAUUCGUCUCCAUCACUAUUAAGCUGCGACUUGAACUGAAAAUUUACAGUUCCAACGGACCGCUUAUGUGUAGUGUUUAAUCAUGUCUGUCGUAGAACAAACACACUGCCAAACUGCCUGUAUUAAUAAUGGCUUUGCCAGAUCAAUGAACAUCGUUUUUAUUUAAUUAUUUAAUAUUUGUAGUUAUUCAGCACACAUAAGCCUGAAACUAACGAUCAUAUACUGUAUAAUUUAGAUACUGUAGUUUCUGUCAGUUUCAAUGUGGUUAUUUAUUUGCAGUGGUCAUAAAUGGCCAAAAUUAGUUGUUAUUUAGGUUGAACACAACAGUGAUGCUUUUCUAAUAAACCUAAUUAUUACAAAGCCAAAAUCAAAGCCCAGCCUCAGAGUAACAGUAGACCUUUGUACGUGAGUCAUGUAGCAAUGCAGGUUUUUAUAUAUUAUACAUAUACAGUACAUAUAUAUUUCAGAAAAAAUUUUCUGAGAUCUUUUUGUAAAUAAGCCAUUAUUUGCUAGUUUAACAAGCCUUUGGACUAAAGGCUGUACACCUGAAUGCUUUAGAAUUCUUUCCAGUACCUAGAGUUGCACAUGGGGAGGUGUCCAUAAUGUAUAAUGGUGCCCUUAGUCAGACCAGAAUUGCUUUUUGUCUUUAGUAUGUUGUGUAGUCAUUACAGUACGGUACAUAAUUUGUUUUCUUGUGAUGGAGUUGUGGUGUAUAUACUCCACUGGCAUCAUGCAGAAAGUCAGGCAUACGUCAAGCAUAAUCAAAUCUCAUAUGAAAGGAAUAAUUGGGAUUUAGAAAAAAUGUAAAUAUAUUUUUCAAAUUCAUAUUUUAUCACCAAUAAGACAAAAUAUUAGAAUAAAGCCGCUUUGGAUGUUAGAGGAAGUAUGAAUUAAAACUUCAGGAGAAAAUCAUAUAGUUAUUUUAGGGGUUAAGAUAAGAGCUGUACUUGUGGAGGACUUGAUAUCUAUUAUCUGUGUCUGUUGUAUUUUUAUGAUUGUUUUCUGCAUAUCAUUAGCUAUAUGCACUGUGUGAGGUGUAACAAGAGUUGCUCCGUCAUUUGUAUAUUAUUUAUACACUACGAACUGUAUUAAAGAUUUUAAAUAUUGCCCAGAGAUAGAUGCUGUAUGGAGAGUACAGUACAGUAGAUGCUGUAUGGAGGGUACACUACAGUACAGUACUGUAUUCCUCUUGUUAUGAUGAUGGUGUGUCUGGGUUGAUGUGAUUACAGUCUUGUUUGAAAUUUGCAUUCAACGUCCUGAAAAACUUUACUAUUUGUGGUAAAAAAAAUAAUCUAUAUUUUAUAAAUAAAAUCAAUGAUAUCUUUGUGAGGUGUAAUCAGUUCUCAAGGAUUUAUAAUGCAUUUUGGAGGCUGGUCAAAAUAGUCAUAUACAUUUUGUUGUGCCUCUAAAAAGCUAAUAUUUGAGAUAUUGAGACAACUUGGUUUAAGGAUUUAUCGGUGAUUAAGGAUGAUGUGCAAGUCAAGCUCUGUAAUGAAAUAGAAUUUUAUUAUUAUUUCUAGGAUUCUUUUUGUUGAAUAUCAAUACAGAUUCAGUUAGUCAUAUUUUGUGGGGAAUGUUAUCUCUGACAUUAGCAAUGGAUAGACUUCAAAAUAUGCUAAAGAUGAUGUUGUUUUUAAUUGUUAAUUUGAGGGACCAAUGUGUGAAGAAAUGAUUUAUUUUAUUUGAGAAAUUUGAAAGGAUUUUUUUUUUUUUUAAUUGUGUGAUGUUUAUUUGUUAUGACACUUGUAUGGUAGGAUAGUCACUGGUACUGUAUUGUGGAGUUUAGAUUCACCAAUGGUAACAAUGAGUUUACUCAGAACAAGAUCAGUAAGUUGUUGUGUGUGGAUGUACAGUAUAGAGAGAUGUGGAUUGAUCUUAAUGUUUUUUUAUCCCUUAUUUCUUAUGGUUUAUAUAUCAUUGCGUGUGCUGUACUAUGUAUAUGCAUUAUUUAUGUUGACCAUCUCAUAAGAUGUGAAAACAAACAGCUCCCAAGGUCUUGUCUUUAUUCUCAGAUCUCUUCAAGUCCUCUCUGGCGGCCUUACAAUAAAUAUAAACAAAUUUGGAAGCGCUGUUUUCAUUUUCCUGGGAGAUGUGAACAUAUAAUUACCACAGCACCAUUGUGGGUUUUGAUUAUACUGUAUUGUCAUAUAUAUAUAUAUAUAUAUAUUCCACAGACUUACAAGCAUGCAUAAUUAGGCAUAGACUAUCACUACUGUAUAUUUAAUUUCCUGUCAUAAAUAUCCAGGUAUCUCCUUUAUGUUGGAGUGUAUAUGACGUGUGCCACAGUAUUGACUCACUGGAACUUGAUAUAUAAUUUUCUUUUCCGUUUCCUCAAAAUAUUCCUCAAGUACUGUGUUAUGAGGGCGACCUAUGCUAAACUUUGUGGAGACUACUGCUCUGUGUUUAUAUAGUAGGACUCUUGUAAUACUGAACCAGGAAGCAACUCCCUUCAGCCUCAAUUUGUAUUCUUGUGUUAGAGAAUUAAGUCUAACUAUUUAUUGGGUCCAAACAUAUGAAAAUUACAUUCCAAAGACUUAAGCCUGAGUGACUGUUUCCUUAUGGCAUUACCAUUUACCUAGCUUGUGUUAAUCACUAUUUAUGCUCCCAUCAUUCUAUAGUCACCAUCACUGGUUAGGCACAAAGUGUUUGUACAUGUUAUCAUGAAUUCAUUUAGUACAGUAAUGUUUUUUGUCCAUUAACUAGUACUGUACAUUAAUAUCUCAAUAAAUGCUAGAUCAUGGGAAGACAAAAAUUUAAGUGAAAAUUUUUGGUCAAGUUGAUUUUUUAUUUUAAUUUCUGUUAUUUACUUUUGGGAGAUUUUGAAAUUAAGAUUUAUAAUUUGUUAUAAACUUAGUUUGGAUCCUCAGAGUUCAAACAUAGUGAAGAGAUGUUUGCUAAAGUGACACCAGUUUUAGUUAGAGUUUGAGGUACCUGUAGAAGCAUCCUCUCAUUCUCAUUAAAAGGAUCAAGAAAUCAGGUUGAUGAGUCAUGCCUGAUCUAAGAAAUGGUCGCUUUAAAGUUAAUGACGGUGCUGAAUAAUUAUUAUUAUUUCCCAGACAGUUUUUAAAGCAUAAUCAGUCUUAUAUUCUUACAGUGUGGCCGAUUGUUUUUAAUUUUCGAAGUUAUAUUUUACUUUCCUUGUGUUGUGAGCUUUGGUGUUAAGUGACACCUAUGGAUGAUCUACAUAUGGCUUUACAUGCACAUCAGCACGUUCCUUUAACUAUUCCCUAAGGCACAACUGCACAUUAACUGAAGAUUGGAGAUUUUUUGCUUGUAUAUUUGGGAGUUUAGAGAAAGGCAGGAAGCAUCUCACCUCAAAAAUUGGGAUCGUAUCUGUACUCUUUAACACAAACCAAAACGAGUAUACUGCACCUUGAGUAUUGAUGCCAGAGAUUUGGUUUGUGGUAAAGAAUGGUAAAAAGUUGAUGACUAGAAUAUAUGAAAAAGAUAAUUUGGCUGUUAGUACAUAUAUAUAGCCUGCUCCUGUGCUCAUGCAAGUUGAAUCAUGGGAAAAGUCAUUUAUUAAUUUUUAUUUGUUAAGUGGUUCUGUAUUCGACAUUCUUCUGGGUUUUAUGUAUGUGAUAUUGUUGCUCCAAGAAGGGGCAUGUUAUUUGGAGAAAAAAUAAAAUAAAAUAAAAAUCAUGGCAUUUACUGAAAUAGUCAGAUGGUAAAACAGUUUGCAAAUGACAAUGUUGGAAAUGUUUGUGCUUAAGAAAUAUUAGAGUUACCAGUUGGAGACUUUUGUUAUGAGUAGCAGUCUUUGUCAUUAGUUGCCUGCAAGUAUUUACAAUAUUAACUGCCACUGCAAACUAUUUCAAUAUACCAGCAGGUUAAAUUUAAUUUAUGUAUUUUUUAAAUUUCAGUUUUAUAUAAGGAAACAAAACUAAUACUGUUAUUAGGGUUGGUUGUCACGCCACACAACAGUGCUUCCUGUACUAUGAUUGCUCCUUGCUGUUCUGUACAAAGAAUUUAUGGUUAUUUAAACCCAAAUAGUUCAUAAAUAAUAAGAUUAUUA